AUGAUAAAAACAUCAACUCUUACUAAAACAAUUUUUAAUCAUCAACCUCAUUCUCAACUGAUUACUUUUCAUACACCAUCAACAACUUCUUCAUCAGGAUCAACAAGUGAAACAGAUCCGUCAUCAUUAAGUUCUUCUUAUAAAAGUAAUAGUGGUACCAAUGGCAUCAAUGUCAAUGACGAUAUAAAUUCCAUUCCACAGGAUAAAUCAACCUUUGUAUUGGCAGCUGUAAUUGAUAAACUCAAACGUGAAUUAACAACAGUAAAACAAGCAAAGAGCCAGUUAGAAACACUCUAUAAAGUAAAAUGCAAAUCUGAUCUUGAAAAAGCAGCUAAAAUAACCAAGCUUCGUCUACAAUAUGAACAUGAAUUGAGCACAUUUUGUAAACAGGACCAACAAGAUCUUGUAAGAUAUUUACAACGCCAGUUGAUUUCACGUGAUCAGCGUAUUGCUGAACAAUCGUAUGAUAUUGAAAAUCUGAAAAACUUGUCUGUACCUGAUAGUAUUGAUAAUAAUAAUAAUAAUAAUAAUAAUCCAAAUAUUUAUAAAAAGAUUGCAUCCAUACAAAUUUUAAGAAGCAGUGAUCUUGAUGUUAUUACUUUAACAAAUCAACAUGCGUAUGAUAAACAAGAACAAGCAUUAGAAAGACAAAAUAAUAUUGAAUUGCAUGAUCGUGUAAAAAGAUUUGAUCGACAAAUAGAAAUACUAAAACAAGAUCAACCGAAAGAUCAUGACAAAGAACUAAUUAAGCGAGCUUUAGCUAAACAAGCCAUCGAAUAUAAAAAAGUAUUAAAACAAAAAAAUGAUGAACUCGAAGAAUUAAAUCUUCGACUUGAAAAAUUAUCAAAAUCGAAUGUUUUUGAAUCAGCAUUACGUCAAGCUAAUAUAGAAAAAUUAUAUCUUGAAAGACGCCUUCUAGCUUCAACAUUAUCAUCAUCAUCAUCGUCGUUGAACUCGAAAGCCAAUGCACGGGUAAAAAUAUGUCUUCUUCCUUACUAUUGGCGCUAG